AUGGAGGCCGCUCUGCUCCUGAACGUGGAGGGGGUCAAGAAAACCAUCCUGCACGGAGGGACCGGGGAGCUCCCAAACUUCAUCACAGGGUCCCGGGAGCGGACGGUGAUCGACGACAGCAAGCGCGUGGGCCACCCCAUGCACAUCAUCAUCGGGAACAUGUUCAAGCUGGAGGUCUGGGAAGUGCUGCUGAUGUCCAUGCGGGUUGGCGAGGUGGCUGAGUUCUGGUGUGACACCAUCCACACAGGGGUCUACCCCAUCCUGUCCCGGAGCCUGCGGCAGGUGGCGGAGGGCAAGGACCCCACGGAGUGGCACGUACACACAUGUGGGCUGGCCAACAUGUUCGCCUACCACACGCUGGGCUACGAGGACCUGGACGAGCUACAGAAGGAGCCACAGCCUCUGAUCUUCGUGAUAGAGCUGCUGCAGGUGGAGGCCCCGAGCGAGUACCAGCGGGAGACGUGGAGCCUGAACAACCAGGAGAAGAUGCAGGCGGUGCCCAUCCUCCACGGAGAAGGGAACCGGCUCUUCAAGCUGGGCCGCUACGACGAAGCCUCCAGCAAGUACCAGGAGGCCAUCGUCUGCCUGAGGAACCUGCAGACCAAGGAGAAGCCCUGGGAGGUGCAGUGGCUGAAGCUGGAGAAGAUGGUCAACACCCUGAUCCUCAACUACUGCCAGUGUCUGCUCAAGAAGGAGGAGUACUACGAGGUGCUGGAGCACACGAGCGACAUCCUGCGGCUGCACCCAGGGAUCGUGAAGGCCUACUACGUCCGGGCCCGGGCUCACGCGGAGGUGUGGAAUGAGGCGGAGGCCAGAGCGGACCUUCAGAAAGUGCUGGAGCUGGAGCCGUCCAUGGGGAAGGCGGUGCGCAGGGAGCUGAGGCUUUUGGAAAACCGCCUGGAGGAGAAGCGGGAGGAAGAGCGGCUGCGCUGCCGGAACAUGCUGGGCUAG